GGGUGUCCCGUCGGCACGCGCAGACAGCAGGGAGCAGCUGCAGCAAGAAGAUCGCAUUGCAUUUCACUGCAUUGCAAGUGACAUUUUCGCAUUUCCUCUAAAAACUUAGAAUAACGUAUUCACCAACGACACUCAAAAAUGGUAGAUCGCGAGCAAUUGGUGCAGAAAGCCAGAUUGGCUGAGCAGGCUGAAAGAUAUGACGAUAUGGCAGCUGCCAUGAAAUCGGUGACGGAACUGAAUGAGGCCUUGUCCAAUGAGGAGAGGAACCUGCUGUCCGUGGCCUAUAAGAACGUGGUGGGGGCGCGGCGUUCAUCCUGGCGGGUCAUCUCCAGCAUCGAGCAGAAGACCUCGGCCGACGGCAACGAGAAGAAGAUCGAGAUGGUGCGCGCCUACCGCGAGAAGAUCGAGAAGGAGCUGGAGGCCGUGUGCCAGGACGUGCUCAACCUGCUGGACAACUUCCUGAUCAAGAACUGCAGCGAGACGCAGCACGAGAGCAAGGUCUUCUACCUGAAGAUGAAGGGCGACUACUACCGCUACCUGGCCGAGGUGGCCACGGGCGAGAAGAGAGCUGCGGUGGUGGAGUCCUCCGAGAAGGCCUACAGCGAAGCUCACGAGAUCAGCAAGGAGCACAUGCAGCCGACCCACCCCAUCCGCCUGGGCCUGGCGCUCAACUACUCCGUUUUCUACUACGAGAUCCAGAACGCCCCCGAGCAGGCCUGCCACCUGGCCAAAACCGCCUUCGACGACGCCAUCGCCGAGCUGGACACCCUCAACGAGGACUCCUACAAAGACUCCACGCUCAUCAUGCAGCUGCUCCGAGACAACUUGACACUGUGGACAAGCGACCAGCAAGACGACGAGGGAGGGGAGGGCAACAAUUAAGAAUACGCCGUGCUCACACACACAUACACACAAAAAAAAUUUAAAAUAAAAAGGGCCGGUGGACUUUGGCAGCCGCUUUUGCCGAUGACACGACCGCAGCAGCAGUUCUUUAUUUUUCCACAAAUUUAAAGAAAAAAAAAUCAAAUAAAAAGAGCAGUUGGAGGGGAGGUUAAAUAUUAGUUAAGUAUAGUUAAAAAAAAGAAAAAAGAAAACCCUCCUCCUUGAUUGCCUCUUCGACAUUUGCCAAAACACCAGUUAGAGGAAAGAUUCAGUCAGUCAAGAGUGGCUGUUGGGUUGGAAGGGCAGCCUCACACUGGCACAUGGACUGUUCUUGCAGUGCAAACGAAGUGGAGCUGCUUAUUUAACUUAAGGGGUGAGGGGAAAAGUAUUAAAAACAGUAGGGAGAUACAAAGCUUGAGCAAAAACUUGAAUGUUAUCGCCUCACAAAAAUAUUUGCAGUGGUUCCAGUAUGCAUGAGGAAAGUGUCCCAUUUUAGCCGUUUUAGGAGUACUUUUGCUACUGAAAGUACAUCCAGUAAUGGCAGAGAUUUGGAUUAGCAGGUCUUGCCCAUGGAAAAAUACACUAAAAAUGUGUUUUGAUGGUUAGAGGUGUGUCAAUCUCAGACAUAGGAACUGAAAGCUUGAAGGUUAAGAGACAGUAAUAAUAAGUUUUUCCCCACACAAAUUUUAGUCAAAAUAUGUACUAAAUUAAUUAAUAUUUCUGGCUCCCAAGUUGUUGUUAUUAUUAUUAUUGUUUUUAUUAUUAUUAUGAUAUACUUUUUAAUGUUCAAGUCACUCAGCAGACACCCCUAUUACUGGCCAAUUACAAUGCAUAUGACAUCACUUGCCAUGGAAAAUAUUUGGUAUCAGAAAUAAUUAGAUUAUGCAGUGUUGCAUUUACUUAAACUGAGUCAUGAUUAAUGCAAAAAAAACAAAACAAAACACAAUACACAUAUAGCAAUGGGAAAUUUUAUUUGGGGAUUUGCCAAAUAAAAUUAUUUUGUUCCCUAAAUUUGAUCACAAUAUUAUUUAAGUUCUUCAAGCCAGACUCAAGAACCUGUAAUAACAGGAACACAGAAUAUACUGGAACCACAGACUCAGUUAGAGGACAAGGUACAGUUGAGGGCAGAGCACUGGCAGUGUAAAAUGGAAGAUGAUCUUAAAGCAGCUUUGAGGUUUGUGGUUUACUUUCGUUUUGUGUUUGUUUUUUUUAUUUAAAGAAAUGCACUUGCCUAUUAUACUGUUUCUUCAGUGUAAGACGAUUACUGCUCAAAUAUUCUCGGAAAUACAAUACUGUGCAUGCUGGUGAUGUAUUUAUAUACAGUAGCUUGACUUUAUUAACUUAUAAUGUAGGUGUUAUGUAUUCAUAUGAACAAGAAAUGACUAGACUUCAAUCUGAUUAUUUUCUAUUUAUUAUUUUGUUGGAUUGUUUAAUUUUUUUUUUCAUUUGCUGAAGUACGCUAUACCAAAACAGUGAUUGUUAACAAUAAAUUGAUCUGUUAUGGACGUUGCUAUAGUGACAUGCAAUUCUUGUAUUUGAUUUGUUAAGCAAAAGAGGAGGAAAAAAGACAAAAAACACCAGUGUUAGCUUAAUCAUACUGUCUGGUGUUUUGUCAUGGUGAAAUUAUAAUUAUUACAUUGUAAAACAAUAUGUUGUUCUUAGAAUGACCUCUGUUUGUGCUUUCUUUUCCUGUCAAGUUAUGCAGUGAGAUAUUUAAGGUUGAACAGUGUUUUUUUUUUCUUCUUCUUCUCCAGAAUCAGUGUUUCUGUAAGGAAUUCUCACACGGACCAUUAUUUAUUAUACUUUUUUAUUUAAAACUUUUUAGCUGUCUCCUGAAUAUCUUAAAUGUGAGUCAUGUAGCGGUUGCACAAGAGCAAAAAUAAUAAUAAUAAUGAUAAUAAAAAAUGAAUUCAAAUAUGGCAAA